UGGCGUCGCGCCCAUUUUAAAAAAAAAAGCUUUUUUAGACGGCAGACGAUUGAUUUGUUAUUUCGUGAUUUCGCUUGAUAAGAUGUUCCGUGCACCGUCUUUGGGCCAUUUGGCCAGCGCUGACCAGGAAUUGGACCUCAAUUUGAUGGAGCUGCAGGAGCAACUGUCCUGCAUGAUAGAAUCCAAUGAGAAUCUUUCGCAAGUGCCGGCUUCUGCGGUGUUCGAGAAUCCCGACGCUGUGCCCAGCAGCUCGCCCUGUGUUCUGGCGGAGAUUCAACACAAUUUCGGGGUGCUCCAACUGGACAAUAAUGCGCCACGCUUCGAAUUCCACGGCUUGGGUUGCAUGCAACAGCUUUCGAAGCGUUCCCGCCAAUCGGGAGGCGGCGGUGCUCCGUCUAAGAAAUCCAGGUCAGUUGGAGCCCUCUCUCUGGUUUCCGGCAAAAAACAGGAGCAACUGCAGCAGGAGAACAUUUGGAACCGGCAAUGCCGCCAGGAAGUGACCUCUGUGCAGAACAUUACCAUUGAAAGGCUUCGUUUAAUUGGUCUGCAUGGCGAUUGCUUGGAGCACAAUCCCGUUCUGCGUCUGAUGGAUCUGUUCAGGUCUUUGCAUGAUCACCUGAUCGCCGACUUGGGCUUUUCGCGCCAAAACUCAAUGCCCUCGGACUAUCCGUUCGAGAUGCCCGCGAAGAACGCAAUGCCCAAAAGCCUGAAUGUGCGCUACCAGCUGCAGGUGCUGUGCACCAAAGUGGAGCGUUUCCUGGGCCAGCAGCGUCGCACACUGGAGACGAAUCGCCACUUUGACUACGAAAAGUACACCGAAUGCGACAAGUUGCUCAAGGGAUCGGCCUCCUAUUUGCAGUGCUUCAAUCAUUUCAUGACCACCGAAAUGCGUCACCGUGGCGGACACUUUGUGAACAGUUUUGCCAAGUUUAAUGCCCAGCGCUUGGAGAGUUUGCUGAUCGGUCUGCGCGAGUGGCUCAAGGCCUCGCAUCUCAGCGUGCACGUUUUCAACUGGGAAAUGGAUCUGGACCACCGGUAUUCGGCGGCCAUGACCGAAAGUCACAGGUCCUUGAACGAGCGGGCCAUUCUGCUGGCCGGCGCCGAAAGACAGGCAGCAAAGCCACGCGGACUGAACGCCGAGGAGAUGCUCAUUGCCAAGCGAUACCAGCUGGAGAACGUGGUCCAAUGUGCCGUCGAGCAGGACGAAUUCCUCACCGCUCUGCUCGCCAAUCCGGAGACCUACUUCACGCCCAGUGUGGUGGACAUUUGCGGCAAAACCGUCAUCGAAGUGAGAGUGGUGGACGACUGGAGUGAUGAGUUCGAGAUCGAAAGCGGAAACGAGAGCGGGGAGGAGUCCCCAUCUUCACCGCCAAGGAGCGAACGUCAUUUUUAUCGCUUCAGAAGUUAA